ACUAUGCAUCCUCCGACCUCGCCACCCACCCGCUGGCUGUGCGUGCUGGCAGGAGCCCUCGCCUGCGCCCUCGGCCCCAUGGGUGGCCAGGCAGCCAGGCUGCAGCAUGAGUGUGACUACCUGCAGUCGAUCCAGGUGCAACACCAGCAGUGCCUGGAGGAGACCCAGCAGGAGAAUGAGACCAUAGGCUGCAGCAAGAUGUGGGACAACCUCACCUGCUGGCCAGCCACGCCUCAGGGCCAGGUAGUGGUCCUGGCCUGCCCCCUCAUCUUCCAACUCUUCUCCCCAAUUCAUGGCUACAACAUCAGCCGCACCUGCACAGAAGAGGGCUGGUCACAGCUGGAGCCAGGCCCUUACCCUAUCGCUUGCGGCCUUGAUGACAGAGCAUCCAGUCUUGAUGAGCAGCAGCAGACCAUGUUCUACAGCUCUGUGAAGACUGGCUACACCAUUGGAUACAGCCUGUCCCUCACCACCCUCCUGAUCGCCAUGGCUAUCUUGAGCCUGUUUAGGAAGCUGCACUGCACUCGGAACUACAUCCACAUGCAUCUCUUCAUGUCCUUCAUCCUGAGGGCUACGGCUGUCUUCAUCAAGGACCUGGCUCUUUUCAACAGCGGGGAGAUGGACCACUGCUCUGAGGGCUCGGUGGGCUGCAAGGCAGCUGUGGUCUUCUUCCAGUACUGCAUCAUGGCCAACUUCUUCUGGCUGCUGGUAGAGGGCCUGUACCUGCACACUCUGCUGGCAGUCUCCUUCUUCUCUGAGCGGAAGUACUUCUGGGGGUACAUACUCAUCGGCUGGGGGGUACCCAGCAUAUUCAUCAUGGUGUGGACCAUCAUCAGGAUCUAUUUUGAGGAUUAUGGGUGCUGGGACACCAUCAACUCCUCACUGUGGUGGAUCAUAAAGGCCCCCAUCCUCAUCUCCAUCUUGGUGAACUUCAUCCUGUUUAUUUGCAUCAUCCGAAUCCUGGUUCAGAAGCUGCGGCCCCCUGACAUUGGGAAGAAUGACACCAGCCCAUACUCGAGGCUAGCCAAGUCCACACUGCUGCUGAUCCCCCUGUUUGGAGUCCACUACGUCAUGUUUGCCUUCUUCCCUGACAACUUUAAGGCCGAGGUGAAAAUGGUCUUCGAGCUUGUAGUGGGAUCUUUCCAGGGUUUUGUGGUGGCCAUCCUCUACUGCUUCCUCAAUGGUGAGGUGCAGGCGGAGCUGCGGCGGAAGUGGCGGCGCUGGCACCUGCAGGGUGUCCUAGGCUGGACCUCCAAAUCCCAGCACCCGUGGGGAGGCAGCAACGGCGCCACGUGCAGCACGCAGGUCUCCAUGCUGACCCGGGUCAGCCCCAGCGCGCGCCGCUCCUCCAGCUUCCAAGCCGAGGUCUCCCUGGUCUGACCACCAGAGGCCGCCAGGCCCCUUCACACCCACCCCACACUGGCCCCGGGAGCAGAAAUCGCGGCUUCGCCAGCUCUAGCCGGGAUCAGGACCCCUGUAGAGCCGGGAGACUAAACCCUGAAGAAUGCAGGGAGGGACAGGCAUCAGACUCCGCCUCCAAAGGACCCUCUGCCAAUCACGGACACAAAAUCUGCAUACUCUUCCUCCCCGGGAUGCCUCCUGACCAAUCGAAGGAGAGCAACCGCCCAUCUUCAAAGUUUUUGAGCUCUGAGAGGUGGAAAGUUUCCGCUUAGGUGGUUGGUGGCUAGAAUUCCACCGUCUUCACCGGCUAGUGGCUUUGGGGUAAGCGUUACCUGUCAGACCCUCCCUGAGGAUGCAGUCCGCUCCCGGGGUGGCCUGCUCUUAUCUGCCAGCUCCUCCAGGUGGGUGAGUUUCUCUACCUCAGGCAGAUAAUGGUAGUGACCUGGAGUUUCAGCGUGGGGAUCACAGCUGCCUUGUGAAGAUCCUCAGGGUGGAGUGGUCCCAGCGUCCGUCUAUCCACUGACUGAGGAGCUCUGAGAAGAGAGAAGAUGGACCCAGCCAGUGCUCACGAGCAAGUAGAAUCGUCACACCUGCCUUAUGCACAACCAAAGCAAUAGAGAGCUGCCCUUCUUGGGUAGUCACCUACGUGCCAACUAUUGCAACGAGACUCAGAGACUUAAUCCUCACAUAAACCUAAUUUCACAGGUGGGGAAACAGUCUCAGAAACAGCAGGAAUCUCCCCAGCAUACAGACAGGACUUGGACUCAGAUCCUGUGGAGACACAAAGACACAGACACUUCCUUUGCUACCUUUUUAUAUAUUUAACCUGCUGGACUCUUCUGGGGUUUCCAUAUCACUACUGAUAUUACUGCCCUUAUUCCUUAGUCCCUGUGCCCCCUUGGCAGGUGGCUGAGUGUGUCAUUAGUAUAAGAGCCUGAUGGUCAGAGCAUCUUGUGCUUCCCUUCACCCUUAUGGACACACAGCUUCCUACACAAGCCCCUGUCAGCAGAUCCUCUUGGAAUGGCACCAGGCUCGUAUAACAAUAAAUAUUGGCUCUGACUGGCUUGGUUCUCCUGGCAGCUGUGGGUCUCCUGCUUCCUGUGAGCAACUACGUCCUCUCUACUCCAAUGAGAAGUCCACUAAUACCACCACAUCUCCACAAGAGAAGCACAAAUCCAAGAGCUUUCACCACACCUUCUGAGUGUGACAAAGUUACAACAGGCCCAUUGUGACCCUCAGUUCCUAAAUCCAGCCAAGAGGAGAUGGUCCAGCCUCAGACCAAAUAAAACAGCUUGAUAGAGCUGUCAGAAACAGUGAUUGUAUUUCUGUGUGGCUGUCAGACCAGCCGUUCCUGGGAACAAGGAGCAAACAGGGAACAUAAAGACCAGGUUGCUGUUGCCCAGGGGCCAAGAGAAUCAGAUCAGCACAGAUGUCCCAGUGUAAGUCAAUGAGCAGAGGCAGUGUGACUAAUGGAAAGGUUUAGACACUGCAGUGUGGCAAAGCAGGUGACAUUGAGAUAGUGCCCAAGCAUUUGUGCAAACUCACCUCUUUGGUUUCACUCUGUAAACAUGUGGGGUUAUCUUACUAGACAGGCCAGAGAUGGAUGCCAGGCUGUUAGAAAAAGGCCAGGAUGAGCUAGCAACAGCUCAGAUCCUCCUUCAAGCCUCUUUCAAAGGCUUCCACUAUUCAGUACCAUCCCAGGACAGAUCACGGACCUCCUGAGAUAUGUAAAUGCCAGAAGGGACCCUCAUACCUAGCCAGACUGUCCCACCCACCAUGGUACCCAAAGUCCCUCUGGCAGUAGUGUGUCAUAGCUUCGGGGAAAAGCACAAAGCCAUGGGAGGAGAACAGUUACCAACCAAGAGGACAGGGAUUGAGUAAAAUUAAGACUCAUGAUGUGUGUGAGGAAGGAAGGAGAGAGGUAGGGCAUUGCUCAGAGAGCAUUCAGGAGUCUUCUGCUCAGUGAUGGGCAUUCUGAGAUGAGGACAGACCAAGAGAAUUUAGGUAGACAUCCCAGGUUAGUAAUAGUCAUAGAUAGGGUAGCCACAGGCAGGCUUCUCCUAGUCCCCUCUCCUUCCCCCAAACAUCCAGAUCUCUCCAGGCACUGCCAGACACCUAUCAAACCAGUCCAACUCAUAUCUGUUGCCACCUGGUGGACGCUUGGAAGGAUUUCACCAAGGUUGACCACCUUAGGGCUCAACACCCUCACCUAGGUCUCAGUAGGGGGCAAUGGACACAGAAGGCAGGCCUCUAUUCGGAGCUCUAAGAGUGAGAUACAAGAGAAGUGGACAGGCCAUGUGCUGGUGCCCAGGGUCAGCCCCCACACCUGGCACUCAGAUCAAGCCCCAUAUGAGCCCUGCGUAGACCCAACCAGAACUUGCAGCACAGAGCCCAGCCUCUGGGGGUGCCUUUUAAGAAGCCCUGCCCACAGUCCCUGAGAGUAAAACCCAGUUGACUCAGGUGGGUAUACCCUGGGAAGCUAAGGACAGGGAGUCCCACCAUCCCAACUCAGAAAGGCUCUGUGGGGAAGGCCAGAAUGAAGGCAGCCCUUGCACUCUGAGGCACAGGCUGUCCAAGGAGGGUGGCUCCUUUACUAGCAGAAUGACUCCAAGGACUCUGAGGACUAUGAGGGGUCUUCAGGUCCCAAGGGAGCAUGUUGGGGGCUAGAGACAAUCCAGGCGAGUAGAUGCCAGGGGCUUUUGCCAGACGAAGAGGAGGCCUCUUAGAUGAGGCUGAGGGGUGAUGGGGAUUUAGUGCGAAGAACUCAGGGUAUAGGCCUGGAAAGGAUGCCAGCCCAUCAACAGGAAACAGAGGAGGUCAAUUGGUGAGACAAUGGUCUGGUUUGAGACGUGCUGAAUGUAGUGUUUGCGGGUAUCUGAGAAGAGACCCCAAGGCUGUUAGAAUUGUGAUCUAAAGUGACAGAGGGUGUGGAGACCAGGGCAGCCCCUUGGGGUAACAGUGGGUGGAAGGUUGUGUCCCCACACACCCCCGUUGGGUGUGCUGGGCACUGUGGGGUGAGGAGUCUGACUCAGGUCCUCCAUCCUGGCCCACACAGAGCCUGUUUUAAUGAGUAGUGGCCCAGCCCCCCCCCCAUGUGGGAACAGGAACUGUUCUUAUCUCUCCAGGGCAGGGAAGGGGAAGAAGCCAGAGCCACAGCUGGCAGUCAUUAAACACCCUGCUCAGGCCGGGGAUGGCCAAGAUAUUAAUAGCCAGGAGUGAUGGCCCUGGAGACACAGCCUCCCAGGAAAAGUAAUCUCAGCAGGCCAGAGGCAUGGGUCAGGAGACCAUCUUGGCAAUGCCCAAGUCUCCAGGAACGACAUAUAGGAUAGCCAAAGGCCAGAGAAGGGAAGAGGUUGGCUUGGGGGUCACCAAGAAAGCCUGACCUUAAACCCAGCUUCCAAAUCCCAGCCAUUCUAUAUAUUGUCGGAGAUGGGGUCAUUCAGGCCUGCCCUGUCUGUGUAGAGACACAAGAAGAGCUGAUCUAGUUAACAAUCCUGAUUCUGCUGUACCUAAAAUCUUGACAUCUUGUUCUUCAUGUAUUUUUGCAUUAAUUUUGAUAUUUUAAAAUACUGCAUUAAAAUGCUAUUUACCUUGA